ACAAAACGUGGCAGGAUAGACCUGCCCAGCCAUCGCGGCAGAUGUUCAUUUGUAAUGCUGCCUUAAGGAAUAAGGAGAUGAGAGCAAAUUGUUCCAGCAGCUCAGCCUGCCCUGCCAACAGUUCAGAGGAGGAGUUGCCAGUGGGGCUGGAGGUCUAUGGGAACCUGGAACUUGUUUUCACAGUGGUGUCAGCCGUGAUGAUCGGCCUGCUCAUGUUCUCCUUGGGCUGCUCUGUGGAGAUCCGGAGGCUCUGGUCGCACAUCAGGAGACCCUGGGGCAUUGCUGUGGGACUGCUCUGCCAGUUUGGGCUCAUGCCUCUUACUGCCUAUCUCCUGGUCAUCAACUUCUCUCUGAAGCCAGUCCAAGCUAUGGCUAUCCUCAUCAUGGGGUGCUGCCCAGGGGGAACCAUCUCGAACAUUUUCACCUACUGGGUUGAUGGAGAUAUGGAUCUCAGCAUCAGUAUGACAACUUGUUCCACAGUGGUUGCCCUGGGAAUGAUGCCACUCUGCCUUUAUCUCUACACCUUGUCCUGGAAUCUUGAGCAGAAUCUCACCAUUCCAUAUCAGAACAUAGGAAUUACCCUUGUGUGCCUGACCAUUCCUGUGGCCUUUGGUGUCUAUAUGAAUUAUAGGUGGCCAAAACAAUCCAAAAUUAUUCUUAAGGUUGGAGCCAUUGUUGGUGGGGUCCUCCUUUUGGUGGUCGCAGUUGCUGGUGUGGUGCUGGCGAAAGGAUCUUGGAAUUCAGACAUCAUUCUUCUGAUCAUCAGCUUCAUCUUUCCUUUGAUUGGCCAUGUCACAGGCUUUCUCCUGGCACUUCUUACCCACCAAUCUUGGCAGAGGUGCAGGACGAUUUCCUUAGAAACUGGAGCUCAGAAUAUUCAGAUGUGCAUCACCAUGUUGCACUUAUCUUUCACUGCCGAGCAAUUAGUCCAGAUGCUUAGCUUCCCACUGGCCUAUGGACUCUUCCAGCUGUUGGACGGGUUUCUCAUUGUUGCAGCAUAUAAGAUGUACAAGAGGACACUGAAGAACAAACACAGAAUAAAGAACCCCGCUUUAAGGGUAGAAGCCCGCUUUAAGAAGAAAUCCACUUCUCCCAAAGAGACCAGUGCUUUCUUGGAGGUGAAUGAAGAAGCUGCUCUAACUCCUGGGCCAUCAGGGCCCAUGGCUCUCCACAGGGCUCUCAUGCCAACUGGCCGGAUCUCAUGUGCGAAGUAGGGGUUUGCCGGCUUGACUGGUCCCUGUCUUCCUCAGCAGCAGUAAAGACAGAGCAGAGCUGAUGGGUGAAUCUCGUUGGCAGGGCUUAUGGGAAUGUUUGCGUGUCAACUGCUAACAUAUUUAUAUUUCUGUGUGGACUGUAAUUUGUCAUAGGAUCCCCUUUUGAGAAUAUGCUCUGCCUAUUUCAGGUUCUUUCUUUGGGGGUUUACACAACAGAUUUACUAGUUGCUUUGUGUGUUCUUGUCUUCCCAUACAGUGAAGUGAUCCCCAUUGUUAUGUGAAGUCAUCAAGCUGUGAAUUUUAAUCUCACAAGAGUUAGAACUCUGUGUAGAGGAGAUGUCACCUCAUACUGCAGGGCAAGGACAGAGUCUGGACCCACUUGACUUCUCGACUUUGGGCAAGUCCUUUGGGGCAUUGGGGAGGAAGCAUACAGCUCUUAUAAAAAUUGGGUCUUUUCUCAAAUGAGUGUUGCUUUUUUAAGGGCUUGAAAAUCUUUUUAGAUUUAUAGAUGUAAUCACGAGCCUAGAGGGAAUUUAAUGAACACUUGAAGUUAAUAUUUUUACUCCCUAGAGAUAGGCACAAUGUAUAUUCUUCUAAUAUACAUUUAUGCAUUAUGUCAUUUUAAAAACAUUGAGAUCAUUCCACAUAUACUGUUUUGUAAGUCACUUCAUGAAAUAUUGUGAAGCAUCUUUACAUGUCAGUCUAUGUUGACCUACCUCAUUCCUUAGAACAGUGGCUUCACAGAAGUAUUCCAGUGCAUGAAAGGCAUGUAAUUUAUUUAACCGUCCCUUAGUCAUGGACAUUUAGAUAGCUGUCAACUUGGCGUUACAGUGUUGCUACAAACACUUGUGCUUUCAUGCAAGUGUUUCUGUAGGAUCAUUUUCUAGAUUUGAAAAUGUGCAACCAGGCUGAUGGCACAUUAAAAUGUUGGGCGGCGAGCUCUCUGGCAACACUGUACAGCAGUGCCUGAGAGUGUCUGGUUUUCCACAGCCACACCAGUCUUAAGAAUGAUCAUUCUGCUUUGUGGAAAUACCUCAUUUAAAAUUGCAUUGUUAAAAUUAUACAAUGAAGUGAAGCAGAGUAUUUUUCAUGGAUGCUUGCUUGUUCAUGUACUUUGCCUGCUUUUUUUUUUUUUAAAGAAAUGGCCUUUGAUUGAUUAAU